AUGCCUACGUCUACAGUACGACAACGCAGAAAGGGCACCAAAGAGGCCAGGGUAAGGAGUCAUCAGCGCGCUGAGCCUGAGAAAACACCAACCUGGCCGGUAUCGGAGGAGGAGGACGAUAUGUCGCUGGACGCUUCUUCCAUCGUCAGCGUGCUGCGGAGACAACCCGUCUGGAUCGUGCUGUCGGUCUCGAGCGGAGCCUGCGCGGCUUUGAAUGGUGUUUUUGCAAAGUUGACGACGACAGCCCUAACCUCAACGCUCUCCGCGCACAUCGCGACCUUCCUGUCCCUUUCCCCUACGAACGCCAUCAUCGAAUUCCUCGUCCGCGGCACUUUCUUUCUCCUGAACUUAGCUUUCAAUGCGGUAAUGUGGGCGCUUUUCACGGCAGCGUUAACGAGGGCCGAUAGUACGACGCGCGUAAGCAUCGUCAACGUUAGUGCAAAUUUCAUCGUCACGGCGAUCCUUGGCUGGAUGAUCUUCAGCGAGAAGCUAAAUGGCGUGUGGUGGGGCGGCGCUUGUAUGUUGGCCGUGGGGAAUGUGGUCAUCGGGCGCAGGGAGGAAAGUCAAAAGCCAGGCCGAAGCGUUGGGCUCGAUGAGUCCGCGAGGGAGGCAGAGGAGGCGGAAGGGUUACUCAGUCCCGCAGAGGUCGAGUUGGAUGAUACCGCAGAUGCGGGUUUGAGGGAGAGGGCCAGUGAAGAGCAUGGCAGGCUGAGGAAGGCGGAAGAGGUGGAUGAUCCCAUUUGA